AUGGCGUCUUCACUCUUUCUCCUCGCCCUUUCGUUGGGCUUGCAAGCCAAUGCUGCAGCACUGCCAGCUUCUGCACAGGCAACGGGCCUCGACAUCAGCAGCACGCUUCAAAACAUUCUAGCCAACACGCAAAACAGCAAUGGCUACACAUAUCCUACAGAUCUGACCAGAGGCAUCGUACCCAAACCAAUCCACUCGCACAACGACUACUGGCGUGACGUGCCCUUCUACUCUGCGCUCUCCGUAGGCUGUGCCUCCGUCGAGGCCGAUGUCUGGCUCUACAACGGCACUCUCUAUGUUGGCCACGAAGAAUCCGCCUUGACACCCGCUCGCACCCUCGAAUCGCUCUACAUCCAACCCAUCCUGGAUACCAUUCAACGGCAGAACCCGUCAUCCCCCUUCGUCACCUCCCCCACCAAGAACGGCGUCUUCGACACUUCAUCAGGCCAAACGCUUCUUCUGUUCAUCGACGUCAAGACCGACGGCGAAACCACCUGGCCCGCGGUCGUCAGCGCGCUAGAACCCCUUCGCACCCCGGGCUAUCUCACCACCUUCAACGGCACGGGCGUCACCACCAACCCGGUCACCGUCAUCGGCACCGGCAACACACCUCUAGACCAAAUCCAGCCCCUCAAGCAACGUGACUACUUCUUCGACGCCCACCUGGAGCUACUCAACUCGACAGAGUCCAACAUCACCGCCGCCGUCUCGCCCGUGGCGUCGACGGAUUUCAACGCCCAGUUCGGCGCCAUCAACGGCACCACCUUCAAUUCCACCCAGUUAGAGCUGCUGAUCAGCCAGAUCGAGGUCGCCAAGUCAAAGGGCAUCCUCGCGCGGUAUUGGGAUACCCCGGCAUGGCCAAUCAGCACACGGAAUGCGGUGUGGACGACCUUACUCGAGCAGGGUGUCGGACUGUUGAACGCGGACGACUUGCCUGCUGCGGCGGGAUUUGGAGCUUAUUAUGGCAUGUGGUGA